AUGGCCCACAGUCACACUCCCUCACCGCCGCGCCGGCCGCAGCGGUCCACCCUCCGCCUCUCGACUUAUCAUUCUGGAAUCGACCUCGACUCGCCACAGACCAGCACUACCUCUCUUCCCCUUCACGACUCCCCCGCGGCCCAGGAGGCCCUCGCCGCUCUCACCGCGGCUCCAAUGAUGCGAUCCAAGUCCGAGGCCGACAUCUUUCCCACCCCAAACACGCCUGGCACUCCCGGAACACCACGUACUCCAGGCCCCCAACGUCCACCAACUGCCCACCUCCGCGCCUCGAAGGGGAGGCGUAAACCCGUGCCGUCCGUGCUUGGAUCCGAUUUCGGCUCGCUCAGCAUAGACACGAGCAGCCACAACUCGCACGGCAGCGCGCCGCGUAGCCCACCACCCUCGCAUCGCUCACAUGCCGAGCUAGUCGCUUUCCUCGAUGACGGACCCCUUCCGCUGCCCCAACGCCCGCGCGGUCCCUCCCUCUCAUCCCUCUCGGCGAUGAGUACACUCUCCGCUGCCUCCCAGUCGCGGCCAUACACUCUCCCCGUUGAUCCGCCUCUACACCGCGGCUUAACACCCCCUCCCUCUCCUCCCGGAACACCGACGCCGCCAACCUCGCAUCAUCGGCAUAACGGGAGUGCACAUAGUCACCCGACAAGCGCGACGUCCUAUUCGUCCUUCUUUGGCGGUCUCCCUCGUUAUUCUACGCUAGAGUUGACGGCGGCAACCGACCGCUCCGAGAGCCGCCAACCAGCCCUCGCGUUCGGCGCCGACCCGGAUAUGCGCGAGAGGCUGCCACGAUACGAGGCAAAGCCCAGAACCGAAACCAUUACACUCGCCGCCACCCUUUGGCAAUGGGGGUUCUUCUUCUUCCCUUUCUGGUUCAUCGGGAUGUUUAUCCUGUGGAGCCCACUCGAGUACCAAGACAACAAUCUGGACCCAGAAAAGAAACAGACAGUUCAGGAGAUGCUGUCGAUUACCGAGCUCAAGUACGCCCGGCGGUGCGCUAUCGCUUGCGCUGUUGUCGGCGCGAUUGCCGCCAUUGUCACUAUUGUGCUGUGCGCUGUUCUCAUUCCCAAGUGA